UGGAACCUUGCCCUUGCCAUCGCCGAGCGGCGCGGGGUCCUGGGGGCCCGCCUGGCUCGCCGCCUGGCCGGGCUAGGGGUCCGGAGGGAGUGCAAGGGGAAGCCGAUCCCGGAGGAGGCCAGAUCCCGGGAUAGGCCCAAGCCCAGAGCCUCUCAGAGUUGGACCUUUGGGCAGGGAGCCGUGGCUCCUGGCUUUGGAAGCGACGACACAGCUCAGGGCGGUCUGCUGAGCCACCGGGGCUCCUACAGAGGCCAGCAGUGGGCAGCGCCUCUGACCUGGCCAACUCUGCCUCUGUGGGGCCAGAGAGCCUGGCACUGGCGGUGACCUCAGCAGAGCCUGCUGGGACCAGGUGUCCCUCAUGCCCACCACCAGCUCCUGGAUGUUUGGAACAAGGAUCUCCAGGCUGCACCUGCCUGCAACCCCCGUACACAGCCCAGGAGAUUCCUCUGAGGCCUGAGCCACCCAGCAACCCGGAAGACGUGCGGCCCCGCCCAGCAUCCUCCCCCAGGGCAGAGGGGGCAAAAGGGUGAGCCUACCAGCGCAGGGCCAGCCCUGCCCGAGCCAGCCCCGACUCUACGUGAGUGUCCCUCUGCUACCACAUCACCAGCACCCUGCAGGGGCGUGGGCAAGCACCUGGGGAGGAGACUCAGGAGCCCAAACUGGCCCAACCAGCUCCCCACGCCUGCAGCCCUGAGCAAUCCAGGGGCUGGCAGGAGCCUCCCCAGGGCCCCCGCCCCAUCACAGGGUGCCUGGUGGACCUGCCUCAGGAGCCCCGGCUGAGAGCCCCACCACAUCAGGGGAGCACGGCCCAGCGGCAGGAGCUCCAGGCUGGCCAGAUGCCUGGGUCUCCGCAUAGAUGGCUUAGCCCUUAGCUUCACCCCUUGAAGGACCCUGGCAAAGGAGAACACCUGAAAGUAGGGAGAGGGGUGGGAGAUCUGAGAGUAUCGUGCCCGGUUUACAGAUGAAGAAACAAAGGCUCCAAAGCUCACAUGAUUUGCCUGCGGUUACUCAGCCUGACCUUGGCAGAGGGAGUGAUUCUGCACUGCAGACAGCCACCCUGACCACGCCCGACCCUGUCUCUCCUCUUCCCGGCACCCUCUGCAGUGAGCUGGACCACAGUGAGCCAAGGACACCUCAGGAUCCGUUGCUGGGGCCCAACAAGAAGGAGGCCAGUGGGCCCCCAGCUCGGGCCAAGGCCCGAGUGGUGAGUACCACACUGACAUGGCGGCAGCGGCCCCCUGCCCAGGAAGAGAGCAAACACCGUUUUCACAAGGUGUCCCUGGUAUCAGGGGCCCAGCUGGAAGUCCGCCAGGAGGAGAUGUCUGAGUAUGGCCACCGUCGGGAGGAAGUCAAUGGCUUUGCUGCGCUGGAAGAAGAGACUAUGAAUCACCAGGGUCCCGGGGACGGGGCUGGCUCCAAAAGCCUCCAGAGCCAUGGGCCCAUCUUUUCCAAAAAGUACACGCUGCCCCCCAAGGAGAAAAGGCCAGUGGGAAGGCCAAAGGAGGCUGUGGACCAGGGUGAUGGCAGUCCCCAGGACCCCAGGACUGAGCCACUGAGCCCAGGAGCCACGGCCAAGACUGAGUUUUUGGCGCCGGUGCAUGGGCCCCAUGAGCCCAGGCCCAGCUCGGGUGUGAGUCUCACCGGCGGGAGCUCCCGGAGCCUCGAGGAACGGCAGGUGACACGCACUGUGCGGGCUACCAUGGUGGUGGGAGGACACGUGCACCGACAGGUGAACAGCUCUGUGACGAACUCUGUGGGGCUAACGCUCCCGAGCAAGGCCCCGCCCAGGGGCCGCAAUGCUGCCCGCGUGGUGCAGGCAGUGGUGGUGAGCCCCCGAGCCGAGGACUCACCCAGCCGCAGCCAGGCCCUGGAGCUGCUGAGUAGCCUUGUGCCUGCUGGGUGGAGCCCACCUGCCAGCCGGCUUCCCAGGCCCCUGGCUGCUGUGACAAGGAGUCCAGGUCUGGGCAGCACAGAGGGUGCAGCCCCGGGGCAGCCGCCUGAGACGGGGACAGCAGAGCCAGAGGACGGAUCUGUCCUGGCUCCCGCAGGCUUCCCGGACUACGCCCACCCGCCUCAGAACCAGGAUGUCCCUGCAACCCACCCGGACCGAGACCAGGACAAAGCCCCAGAUGCCAGGGUCCAUGAGGUCCCAAGCGUGCAGAGAGCGUCCAGCCCCACCCAGCUCCCUCUCCAGACCUCUCAGGGUCACACACCAGUACCCUCCUCUCCCAGACUCCAGACCCAAACCCCCUCCCUGGGCCUAGGUCACCAGCCAGAGGAGCCGGAAGUACCUGCUCAUGCUAGGGCCCAGCUGACUCUCGAGCCCAGGGGACGCCAGGCCUGGCCCUCCGUCGAAAGGGAAGGGCAUCCAGAUCCCCCUGCUGCCACCAGCCAGCCCACGGUGAAGCCUGAGGUUCUUAUAGUCCCUGGACAAUCUCUUGCUCCAUCCUCUACAAGAAGGAAGGCUGUCACCAGCCCAGGAGGUCUUUCUGCUCCAUCCUCCCCAAGGAAUAAUGUUGUUCAGGACUCUGAAAAUGUCCCUAUCUUCUCCCUUACCCAGAAAGAGGUAGUGCAGAGCCCUGGGGUUCCUGCUGACUCAUCCCCUAAAGCAACCAAGGUUGCCCACGCCCCAGAAGGCAGCCCUAGCACCCAAAAAGAGGUUGUCCAGAGUAGUGAAGGCAGGUUUGCCCUUCCUCUCACCAAGGAGGAGGCUGGUCAAGGCCUGACAGCUCCUGCUGUCCCACCCCCCAAACAGGAAGGGGAGGUUCAGGAAUCUGAGGAGAGCCCCAUCUCAUCUCCUACCCAAAAAGAGGUUGUCCAGGGCCCUGGUGCUUCUACUGUCCCAUAUUCCACCCAGAAAGUAGUUGUCCAGGGCCCUACUGCUUUCAUUGCCCCCUCCUCCUCAGGGGGCAAGGUCUCCCUCAGCCCAGGAGGCCCCCCUGCCCCAAGGCUGAUAGGAGCAGGGGCCAGCCUGGAGUCCCAGCUUGUCCCUGACUCCACCGAGGGCAAGACGUUCCCGGAGCCAUCAAGGGAGGAGGAGGAGGUGGCCCUGACCGCUGACCUGGAGAUUUUCCUGGACACCCUGCGGAGUAUGGAGCCCCCCGAGAUCCUCCGCACUCACCGGCUGCCACGAUCCCCCCGCUCCUCCUCCCUGGCCAUAUACGCCACGCUGCCUGCCAUCGAGGAGGACCAGCCUGGACCAUGGGUGCUGGGACCCAGCCCCCAGGGGGUGCCCGCACUGGAAGCAAAUGAAGAGGAAAAGGGAGAGGAGGAGGAGGAGGAACCACAGAACCCCUACCUGAGCGACAGUGAAAAUCUCCAGCGCAGGCAGGAGAAAGCCAGGCCCGGCCCCUCCUGGGACUCCCACCCUGCCCGACCCCCCCAGGUCUCUUACUCUCUUCUGGAGAUGAUGAAGAAGCACACAGCAAGUGCCAAGGACGCCCACCCAGAAGUCGGGCCAGAGUGGCAGGCAGGCAGCCGGCCCACUUCCCGUCUUGGAGGCAGCCUUCUCUUUGGGGGCCUGGUGCCUGCCCUUAAGGAGGCCCCCACUUUGGAACCACUGGACACAAAACCACCCGCUCUACCGUCCCACAGGGCACCAGGGCUCAAGAAGGUGCCAGGACAGCUGCCCCUGCUCUACAGGGAAAGGCCACCUCCAGAGAAGCCCGCAUGUGCCCAGUCCCCGGAGGGGUGGAGCUCAGCAUUGAAGACCCAGGGCAAACUGAACACCAGGCCUGGAAAGAUGACGCUCUUCUCGGAGCCUGGCUGCCAAGGCAGCAGCAGGGAGGUUUGGGAAGACACUGCUGAUGCUUCCGGCUGGGCCCGCGUGGCUUCCAUACGGGUGGUACGAGGCUGCUGGGUGCUAUACGAAGAGCCGGCGUUCCGGGGCCAGAAGCUGGUCCUGCCUGAAGGAGAUGUGGAACUUGGAGCUCUGGGGCCAGCAUGGAGUACCCAAGCCAUCGGCUCCCUGAGGAGGGUUGUCCGGGACUACAUUACCCCAGAGAUCAGCCUGUACUCUGAGGAGGGCCUCAAGGGGGAGCAAGUGAAGCUAACCAAGGCCUUGGAGGACCCCCAGGGCCUGGAGAGGCCUCUGCAGGUGGCAUCUGCCACUGUCUCCGCAGGACUGUGGCUUCUAUACCCCAAGCCCUUCUUUGAAGACACUCCCUGCAUCCUGGAGCCUGGAGAGUACCCCACCCCAGAGGCCUGGGGUGCAUCAGAUCCCAGUGUGGGCUCCCUGAAGCCCAUGAGAUUGGGAUGCCCAAGUGUGGAGAAGCCAGGGGAGCCCAAGGCUGUAGUGUAUGAGGCCCCAGGCUUUCAGGGCCAGAGCUGGGAAGUGAGCCGAGACAUCUACAACCUGCAGCAGCCAGAGGACGGCCAGAGCCCCAGCUUGGCCUCUGUGGGGUCCCUGCAAGUUCUUGGGGGCUGCUGGGUGGGCUACGAGAAGGAGGGUUUCCGGGGUCACCAGUAUCUGCUGGAGGAGGGAAAAUACGCUGAUUGGUCACAUUGGGGAGGCUAUAACAAGGCGCUGACCUCCCUGCGAGUCAUCCGGACGGACUUCGGGGACCCGGAGGUGGUGCUGUUUGAGGCCAUGGACUUUGAGGGGCAUGGCGUGGAGGUGAGCGAGGCAUUGCCGGAUGUGGAGCUGGCGGGACACGGCCCCAGAACGCAGGCCAUCCACGUGCUCAGCGGCGUGUGGGUGGCCUAUGAGGAAGUGGGUUUCUCCGGGGAGCAGUACGUGCUGGAGAAGGGCGUGUACCGCAACUGCGACGACUGGGGCGCGAGCAACAGCGCCCUCGCCUCUCUGCAGCCGGUCCUGCAGGUCGGGGAGCACAAUCUGCACUUUGUCUCAAAGAUUCAGCUUUUCUCCGGUCCGGACUUCCUGGGCGACCACAUCUCCUUUGAGGAUGACCAGACCUCUCUUCCCCCUUCCUUCCAGCCCCAAUCUUGCCGGGUCCACGGCGGCAGCUGGAUCCUGUUUGAUGAGAAGAACUUUGAGGGUGAGCAGCACAUUCUCUCUGAGGGCGAGUUCCCCACUCUCACAGCCAUGGGCUGCCUGGCCUCCACGGUCCUGGGCUCUCUCCAGAAGGUGCCCCUGCACUUUUCAGAGCCAUCCAUUUUCCUGUAUGGCCUGGAGUGCUUCGAGGGGAAGGAGAUCGAGCUCAGUGGGGAGCUGCGGAGCCUGCAAGCCGAGGGCUUCAACAACCACGUGCUGUCUGUACGGAUCAAGGGGGGCUUCUGGGUGCUGUGUCAGCACAGCGACUUCCGGGGCCGCCAGUGGCUGGUGGGCAGCUGCGAGAUCACCAACUGGCUGACGUACAGUGGGACCCAGAGGGUGGGCUCCCUCUACCCCAUCAAGCAGCGCCGGGCUUAUUUCCACCUCUGGAAUGCGGCCCUGGGGGGAUUCCUGGCAGUGCCGGACCACGUGGAGGACAUGAAGGCGGGCCGCGUGGUGGUCUCUGAGCCCCAAGCUGGAGGCAGCUGUAUCUGGUACUACGAGGAUGGGCUGCUGAAGAACCAGGUGGCCCCCACUAUGAGCCUGCAGGUGAUUGGCACCCCCAGCACCGGCUCCAAGGUAGUGCUGUGGGCUGAGAGCCGCCUUCCCCGCCAGACGUGGAGCAUCAGUGAAUCAGGCCAUAUCUGCAGCCAGAUGUUUGAAGGCCGGAUCCUAGAUGUGAAGGGUGGCCAGGGCUACGACCGGGACCACGCAGUGCUGUGGGAGCUGGCCAAGGACAGGGCAUCCCAGAUCUGGACUGUCCGUGUGCUUUGAACCUCCCCCCACCCCCCAGCCCUGGAGGCGCUCCCUGGGAUGGAAUGUUUUUAUAGGGUUUUUUGUUGUAACAUAAACUUUUAUAAUAUGC